GGCUGCUUAGAGUUGGCCAACAGUUUGCUCCAAGUUCUCGCAGUUGGCAGUUGAGAUCGUUUCGAGAUGUAUAUCAAACUAUUGCUACUUAGUCAAGUGCUGAUGCUCAGCUGCAUUUGGAGCAUAGCUCAAGCAGAAAUAGAGCAUAAAAUUGAUGAAAUGACGACGAUUGAGCCAAUAAUAACUACAACUCUAUCAGAAAUUGUGACCGAAGCUCCAGCUACUGCCAGUCCAGAGGAGCAGCUGCUGGAACUCAAUCAGGGUCUGGCACUGGACAAAGAAGCUGGUGCAGAGCCGGCAACAACAAUUCCGCCCUCAGUGCCGCCAACAACAAAGGAACCACAGAAACCACAUGCUCACCCACCACAUCCUUUUCCAUAUCCAUAUCCCUAUGGCAUUGGCUACAAUCCACUAAGUCCGGAUGCGGAAACUGCACCCAAGCCCAAGUCUAGUGCAGCUGAAUAUCCCGACUAUCCCUAUUUAGGUUAUCCCAUCUUGCGAUCACCCUACUCACCUUACUCACCUUACUCACCCUACGGAUCACCCUACGGAUCACCCCACUUCCAUCGUCAUGCGCCAUCACCACAAUACUCCGGACUGGCACCUGGAUUCGGUUACGGCAAUCCGCCUUCUCCCGAUGGCGUUAAGGAGGAGCAACCCAAAUCAGACGAAAAGAUCAAGCCUACCGAGGAGAAGGAGAAGGAGGGAAAUAAGCCUGAUCAUCCUGAUCAGCCUGCUCCGACCAGCUAUGGUUACCCACCUCUCUAUGUGAUUCAACGUCGUCCACUGAUUCCCAGCUACGGAUACGCUGGCCCAGCACGCGGAUAUGGAUUGCCCUUUAGCUAUGGGCGCUAAGCAUGUACUCUUAAUAACUAUUGUACCCAUACUCAUAUAAUUAAAUUGAAUCGUGUAAAUAAAAAUAUAUAUGUAAGAUUU